AUGCGCUCCUCAAUCGACGCCGCCGACCAGGCGUUGGAGCGUAUGGGCUACAAAAGUGAAUUGCCUCGAAAUCUGAGCAUGCUUAGUAUCCUCGGUUUAUCCUUCGCUAUCAUGGCCGCUCCAUACGGCCUCAGCACAACCCUCUACAUCACCCUCGACGACGGACUUAGCGUCACAAUAAUCUGGGGCUGGGUGUUCGUCACCCUCAUCUCACUCGCUAUCGCCGCUUCUCUCGCUGAAAUCUGCGCCGUCUACCCCACCGCUGGCGGUGUUUAUUACUGGAGCGCAAUGUUAUCUACUCGUCGCUGGGCGCCGUUGAUGUCUUUCAUCGAUGGCUGGCUUACACUUGUAGGUAACUGGACCGUCACACUGAGUAUCAUUUUUGGAGGAGGACAAUUGAUUCUUAGUGCGAUAAGCCUUUGGAAUGAAGACUUUGUCGCGAAUGCAUGGCAGACUGUCCUUAUGUUUUGGGCUGUGCUGUUAGUUUGUGUUCUUGUUAAUAUCUUCUUUUCGAGAUAUCUGGACCUUAUUAAUAAGGUUUGUAUCUUUUGGACGGCUGCGAGCGUUAUUAUUAUUCUCGUUACGCUGCUUACCAUGGCGGAUGAUGGGAGGAAUAGCGGCGAGUUUGUCUUUGCGCAUUAUGAUUCGAGCGAGAGCGGGUGGCCUGCUGGUUGGGCUUUCUUCGUUGGAUUGUUGCAGGCUGCUUAUACUUUGACUGGGUAUGGAAUGGUGGCUGCUAUGUGUGAGGAGGUUCAGAAUCCAGAGCGUGAGGUGCCAAAGGCUAUUGUGCUUUCUGUUGCUGCGGCUGGAAUUACGGGAUUGCUUUAUUUGAUUCCAGUCCUUUUUGUCAUGCCCAGUGAUGCGGCUGGGUUGAAGGCAUUGCGUGACAUUGCGAGUGGCCAGCCGAUCGGGUUGAUUUUUAAGACUGCGACUGGUUCUGCAGGUGGUGGAUUUGCAUUACUUUUCUUGAUUCUGGGAAUUAUGAUGUUCGCUGGAAUCGGAUCUCUCACUGCUGCGAGUCGAUGCACAUAUGCAUUUGCUCGCGACGGCGCCAUUCCUGGAUUCAAGCUUUGGCGUAAAGUGAAUAAGAAGCUCGAUGUGCCUGUUUGGGCCAUUAUCUUGUCUGCUGUCGUUGAUGGUCUUCUGGGACUGAUCUAUUUUGGAUCCACGGCUGCUUUCAACUCUUUCACUGGUGUGGCGACCAUUUGUCUCUCCACAUCUUACGGAUUGCCUAUUUUGAUCUCUAUGAUUCGAGGCCGUGAAGAUGUGAAGCGAUCUGGUUUUUCAUUGGGGAAGUUUGGAUAUGCUAUUAACGCAGCGACGAUCUGUUGGAUUGUUCUAGCUGUUGUUCUUUUCUGCAUGCCUUACACUUUACCUACUACUCCUGCCUCUAUGAAUUAUGCCAGUGUGGUCUUUGCUGGAUUCGCCAUGAUCAGUAUUGUGUGGUAUUUCGCUUAUGCUCGCAAACAUUUCACCGGACCCCCUGUCUCGAAGGACGAGGUCCAAGCUGCGGGUGUUAUUUCGGGCGCAGUGGUGGAUGCGGAACAUGCGCUUGAGGAUUCGGAAGUAAAGAAAGUUCCGAGCAGCGAGUAA